AAAGCGACGCGCAGCACUCUGCUGAAGAACAUCCCACAUCAACAACAAUGGCAAACCGUGGUCUGUUUUGGUAACACAUUUUUUUUUUAUAGGAGCAACAAGGUUUGAAACCGUAUGUGUUCACACCUGGUAAAACUCCUAAAUUACGGCCGGUUUUAAAGACGCGUAUGUUCGUUUGUGACUACGUUUUCGUUGUACAUUUUUCCCGAAAAUGUGCGAGUCGCUCACACAGGCUGUGCAUGUGUGUCCCUGCUGCUUUUCUGCUGGGCUACUGCUGCUAACCUAGCUGCUUCUUUUUACACGGUGGUUAGCCUCCGUUAGCCUGGCUGCGCUCAUUAACUAGUAAAAGAAACAAAAGAUUCGGGCGAAUGUAAAGCGUGUUCGUGCUGUCUGAUUUCCAAAAGAAACCCCAAACUAAUCGCCUACAGUCGCUGUCGGGUAAGGGAAUAAGUGUUGUAUGAUUUGUCGUGGAAAACACUUUGCUGGCUAGCUAAUAGGCUAGCUAUUUGAUUGUGUUCGUCGACUGAGGAAAACGGCGAGUUUUCUUUGAAAGUAUGGAUGAUCAGACUAGGAUGCUGACGGGUCUCACCGGACUCGGUGGACUACAACAGCCCGAUGUCGGUGAUCCGGACUCGGUCCGGAAACAACAGUCCCUCGGUCAGCCGCAACAAGACAUUGGGGAUAUUCUACAGCAAAUAAUGGCCAUCACCGACGAAAGCCUGGACGAAGCACAGGCCAGAUCCUGGCCAGAGGAAUCGCCAGCGCAUUGGGGUGGAUCAGACGGCCCCACAGAGGGAGGGAGAGCAGGGGGGGGCAUGGCAGGGGGUGGACUGCCACUCAACUUCCAGCACAGGAAGCAUGCCUUGAAUUGUCACAGAAUGAAACCAGCACUCUUCAGUGUUCUUUGUGAGAUCAAAGAAAAAACAGUUCUGAGUAUACGAGGUGUCCAGGAAGAAGAUCCCCCAGAUCCCCAGAUUAUGCGGUUGGACAACAUGCUGCUUGCUGAGGGUGUGUCAGGACCAGAGAAAGGAGGAGGAUCGGCUGCAGCAGCUGCAGCUGCAGCCGCAGCAGGGGGGUCACCCACCGACAGCAGCAUUGAACACUCUGACUACAGAGCCAAACUUGCUCAGAUCCGUCAGAUAUAUCAUUCUGAGCUGGAGAAAUAUGAACAGGCCUGCAGUGAGUUCACCAACCAUGUAAUGAACCUGCUGAGGGAGCAGUCUCGCACACGGCCCAUCUCUCCCAAGGAGAUUGAACGCAUGGUGGCCAUAAUCCACCGUAAAUUUAGCUCCAUUCAGAUGCAGCUCAAACAAAGCACCUGUGAGGCGGUCAUGAUUUUGCGCUCACGCUUCCUUGAUGCCAGACGUAAGAGGCGCAACUUCAACAAGCAAGCUACAGAAGUACUGAACGAGUAUUUCUACUCCCACUUGUCUAACCCCUACCCCAGCGAGGAAGCAAAGGAGGAACUGGCCAAAAAGUGUGGGAUCACUGUGUCUCAGGUCUCUAAUUGGUUUGGCAACAAGAGAAUACGCUACAAGAAGAACAUCGGUAAGUUCCAGGAAGAAGCUAAUCUGUACGCCGUUAAAACAGCGGUGGAUGCUGCGAAUGUGUCAGCGCAAGCCAGUCAGGCUAAUUCUCCAGCAACACCCAACUCAGGUGAUACCUACCUUGGCCAACGUUCCCUCAAUGGUGAGGGUCUCAACUUUACCCCCUCUCUACAGCUGCAGGUGGAUACCCUGCACCGUGCUACACACCUGACGGGCGGCUAUGAGGAGUUGUCAAGUAGUGCCCUCUUUACCCCUCAUCGCCUGGAUGCUAACAGCUGGCAGGACACCACCAACCCGCCCUCGGUUACCUCCCCUCCUGGCCCACCUGGCAGCAUCCACUCUGACACUUCCAACUGAUCUCCUGGCUUUCCCUGCCUUCUUUUCAUUCCCACUGUGGUCUGCGGUUUAAAUCAUAUUGUUCCUAUUUUAUUUUUUUAUUUCUCCCCUGUUAACAGGCCACAUGAUGUUGGACACACAUUUCAUUCACACUUGCUGUUCUGGACCACAGGACACCUGUACAGUAGUUGGGAGGAAUUUCUCCUUUCACCUUCAUUCCAGUUCUGUGCUCUUUAAAAGUUAAAAGGGGAAUGGAGCUCAGAGACAUUAAGAAAACACCUUUAUUGUCCAAGACUUAAAAAAAAAAUAAAAAAAACACAUCCAGCUGUGUAGAUGAUCAUGAUGUCUGUACAUUAUGUGUAUAUGCACGUUAACUUUACACAGUACUCCCACGGCUUGUUCAUGUGCUGUUUGACCUUUACACUCAACUCUUUGCUUCGGGAAACUGUGUGUAAUUGCCCGUAUCUGCUGAAGCCUUGGCAUCUGACAGCCAAACUGUGGUUACAGACCACCAGGGAGCUCUGCUCAACCUUGCUUGUACCAAAGUGCUGCCCCAGUGUUCCUCUGAGAUUACCCUCUGCCUACUCAACACUAGACACUGUUGCAUCAAUGCAUCCUUCUGUUAGGAUUUUAAAGUGAGCAACUGAUGUUUGGUGCAUGCAACUAUCCCCAAAACAUACAGCUCACAGUGUAUGAGCGGACAUAAAAGAUGUGUCAAGCACAAAUGUUAGCAUCCUUGUUAUGGGUUUCUGCCUUUCUAGGAAGGUAGUUAAGGGGAUCACUGCUCUAAACUAGGCAGGACAAGAGAUAAUAGGGCUGGUGUGAAGAGAAUAGGUCAGAGAGAAGAGAAUAUCUUUGGUUGAACAUAUGUAACCAAUAGCUCUUUCCAUUGCUAAUCAAUAGGGGGUGCUGGUAGAUGGCUUGUAGACUUCUUUCUUUUUGUUCACUAGUUUGAUUGUAGUAUAUUUUCUAAUGCUGUUUCACCAAGAAUGCACCAGCCACCACCAAAAAUUAGCUCAAUACAACAUCUUUGACAAGGGUGGAAAGAUCGUCAGGCAUCGAUGUAUUACUGGAACAAAUGUGACAUGAACUUAGAAAUGUGACUGUCUUCCAUGCAUGUAAGACUUCUAGGUGUUACUGUUUUCAUUUAAGUUUUUAGCCUAAUUUGUAUUAAGAAAAAAAAUAAAUAAAUAAAUGGUAAAACUAUUACAGUCAGACCAAAACCAAAAAAGUGCAUCACAUGUUGAUGUGUCUGUGUGGGUGUGUGAAAGGUUCCUGGGAUAUCUUAGCCAAAAUCGGCUGGUGCUCCUUUGACCUUUUGUAAGCAUUAUGUAGACUGGGUGCUUCCACCAGCUAAUGACACGCGAGGAGGGGUUCAACUUAGACUUUUUCCCCACUUUGAAACUUUGAAACUUGUGAGCCUGAGGCAACAUGUUAACAACCUAUUGUUGUACCAAAACCAAAUAUACAAAGUUCAGCAAUGUAAUAAUGCUACUUUUUUUUUUUUUUUUUACAUUGGUGCGCAGUCGCCUUUUACAUUUGAGUAGAGGAGGGAUUUCUGUUUGUAUCUGUGUCUCUUUGUGGUGUUGUCAUGCCUCAAGGUGGUUUCUUUUUUUAGAUGUUUUAUUUUAAUGGGGCUUCAUAAAUGAUGGGUGGAGUGAACACUGUCAUCAUACCUGUAAAUUGAUUGUGAACAUGAAAGAAAUGCUCAGCCCUUUCUCUAUCCCUUAAUACCGUCUGGUAAAAAACUUUUUUUUUUCUCCAUGGCCAAUUGGGCAAGGGCUUCUCUCUCUCCCUCCUCUGUUACCAAAAAGAGGCAGCACUGGGUGUAGUAAAACUCUUAAUUUGUGUGUAGGACAAACCUGCAACAUUUUGCCUAUUUUCAUUCUUUAAGCGGUUUUAUACAUUAAAGAUUAUGUGAAUAACAAAGCAUUUUGAUAGUGAGGUAACGCCUUAUUAAAAUGUGUCAUUUAAGAGUUUGUUGAAACGUUACAAAACCUGCAUUUGAAAGCCGGUCACAUGUAUCCCACAUUUCAUUUCCUGUUUUACUCGCAGCAGCUUGUUAUGUCUGCGGCUCGAGUAUUGGCGUCGCCACACUAAACUAUCAUGCCGCCCCCUUUUUUUUUUUUUUUCUACUUGUUGUAAUGGAUGUCACUGUACAGUUUGUGUAAUGUUUCAGUACAUUUUCUUUUAUAAACUUUGUUUGAGAUAUCUAUCGUUUCACAGGAUUCACGAUAACUCUGUAUUGGCUUUGGAUAUUAUUUAGAUCUUUUGUUACAUAACCAAAUGUAAUGUGGUGCUGUGGAACUUUUUUUUUUUAUUUUCCUAUUUGGACUUUACAUUUAUUGGGUAAUAGCCCCUACUUACUGUUUUUAUUCCCUUUUUAAUUUCCACACCAGUUUGUUUUUUAGCGUUUGAACAAUAUUCCAGCAAAAACAUCAAUACCUAAAUACUUGAUGUCAAUAUAUAUAUAAGCUCGUGCAUUUUGCAGCAGUCAUAAGUCAUCAAUAAAAUAUUGUAAACUAACAUUUUUAAAUAUUUUGAUCUUUACGUUCCACAGCACCAAAUGUCUUUGUAAACCUUCAUUUGUUUGUUUUUAUUAGCAUAUUUGUAUCUUCCUCUUUCCCUUGUAUUUACCCCUCUCUCUACCUCUGUCUUUCCAUUUCUCUUGUAUAUAACCCCAGUUUUCAGACUUGUGAGUCUGUAUGAACUCCUUUUAUACCUCAACUUUAGAAUUGAUCUAGAAAGAGUAAAACAAAACAGAAGAAUAUGACAAAAUUGUAGUGUUCUUAUUAGAAAAUUAAACAAUUUAGUGUGAUUUUUUUUUUUUUUUCAGUAUUUCAUUUUAGGAGUGUUUCAUUUUAUAAGUUGUCACAAAUGCUCUUGUGAUAGUCAAAUGUAAUAAAAGGAGAGAUUGCACCAUU